AUGGCACGAGGUCUUUCUUUCGCGUUAAUAUGCGGGCUGUCGACUCUCGCGAACGCAGUGUUACCGAAUUCAGCAACAUGGUCCAGCACAUGUUAUGGCCCUGAUGGUCCCUGGAACGCAGUCCUCGCCGAACUCGGAGACAAUAAGCAACUCGUUGCGCUUUAUCCUGGUGAUCGCUGGGCGAGCACCAUCCUCCUCGAUUCCGUAUGCUCAACGCCCAAUCUUACCGGAUCCUCCUGCCUCGCCGAUAAUGCUGGGACUUACAAUAUUGGGACGUCUCGCACCGUUUAUAUUCCCUCCGAUAACUCCAACGACACCAGUGAUAUGACAUGGAUCUCCGGUGCGGAUAAUGCCUUUGUGAACAAAUUUAGCGGCAAUGCGUAUGUCAAGCAAGGUCAGCUUGGGGAGGAAAUCUACUUCGCUGGGAUGUCGAUACCCAAUGUUAGCGUCACGGGUAUCUACGAAGCCUAUCAGACUUAUCCGAAUGGCCAGAAAUAUCCGGUUGAGGUUGGCACGUUGGCACUUGGUGCGCCUGCGCUCAACCAGACAGUGGGCAACGCUACCUAUCAACUGCUGGAGUCCAAUCUCUGGACGAACGAACAGAUCCCCUCAUAUUCGUGGGGUAUGCAUAUCGGCGCGGCGAUGCCAGCGAUUGCUGGAUCGCUGGUAAUGGGAGGCUAUGACCAGGCUCGGGUUGUUGGCAACGUCAGUAGCCAGCCGGUGAAUUCUACGAAUGGUCUCGGCACUCUGGAUAUCGACUUGCACGAUAUUGGACUCGGUGUCGCUGAGGGGGCAUCGCCGUGGACGAAAUUCAGCAGCAUGAAUGGGCUGUUCAGGAGAGAUAAUAGUUCCGGGGAUAGCUCGGCCUCUGUGCAGAUUGACCCCACCAGGCCAUAUCUCUAUCUUCCAAAGGAUACCUGCGAUGCUAUUGCGGAGCAGCUUCCUGUAACUUACAAUGAAGGGCUGGGCCUUUACUUUUGGAACACCUCCGUCGACCAGUUCAACCACAUCACCAAUUCCCCAGCAUUCCUUUCUUUCACAUUUGAGAACAACGCAGGCGCAGAUUCAUCCACGCCAAACAUCACCAUCAAAGUGCCAUUCAAUAUUCUUAAGCUUACACUGCAAGCACCACUUGUGGAUCAAAACACGACCUACUUCCCCUGUCACCCAUCGGACGAAUACGUACUCGGCAGAGCUUUCCUACAAGCAGCCUUCCUAGGCACGAAUUGGCAAAACGGAACAGGGGGAGGCUACUGGUUUUUCGCUCAAGCUCCCGGCCCAAACCUGCAGGGCGAGACUAUAACAACAAUUCAGGUCACUGACACUACUGUCGUGCCUGGCACGGGUGCUUGGGAAGAUUCCUGGUCCGGCUGGUGGAACGUUAUCCCAAAAAAUGGCGGUGGUUUAUCGCAGGGUGCAAAGAUAGGCAUUGGUAUCGGCUGUGGUGUUGCCGGUGCACUUGCUAUCUGCCUCAUUGGACUUUUGGUUGUCCGUUGUAUGCGAAAGAAGAAGAACAUUGACCCUUCAGAAGAUGACGAAGCUACAGAGUUGGCUACUGCAAAUAAUGCUACGGAGGUGGCUGGACCACCUCCCGACACACCGGAGGUUCCGGACACCCCAGAUCACCCAGGCCACGCUGGUGGUGCAUUCGAGCAAGCCAAUGCUAUAUCCUAUGUAUCCAAUGUGCCCCAGCAAGCUGACGGCGAUGCUGACGUGCACGGGCUCUAUGGAGAUAAACCACCCCCGUGGUCUCCGCCGCUACAACCAUUACCCGGACAGGCGCAACCAGUGCAUGGGAAUGGUCAACCAGUAUCGGGGCAUGAUCGAUCACUACCCGGGCAGGAUCCGAUAAUCCCUUCGUACGAUAACCCCAUGCCGGGACACCCUCAAUCCAUAUCAGAACAUGACCCGACAAUCCCUUCGUACGAUAACCCCAUGCCGGGACACCCUCAAUCCAUAUCAGAACAUGACCCGACAAUCCCUUCGUAUGACAAUCCUAUGCCGGGACACCCUCAAUCCAUAUCAGAACAUGACCCGACAAUCCCUUCGUAUGACAAUCCUAUGCCGGGACACCCUCAAUCUAUAUCAGAACAUGACCCGACAAUUCCGUCCUAUGACAACCCUAUGCCGGGACUUGAUCCAUCUAUAUUGGAACAUGAUCCGACAAUACCGUCCUACGACAACCCCAUGCCGGGUCAUCUUCAAUCCACAUCGGAACAUGAUCCGACAAUCCCUUCGUAUGACAACCCCAUGCCGGGACACCCUCAAUCCACAUUUGAACACGAUAUGACAAUCCCGUCCUACGACAAUCCCAUGCCGGGACAUCCUCAAUCCACAUCGGAACAUGAUCCAACAAUACCGUCAUAUGACAAUCCCAUGCCGGGCCAUGACCAAAGCACCGAUCAUCUUCACGAUGAUUAUGAAGAUCAUUACAAUGAUUACAUUGCGCAUAUACCCUAA